AAAAGUUGUUUGUCUGCCAUCGAAAGUUGUUUUGCCGUCUCCGCCUCUGCUGCAAAGCUGCUCGCGCUCGUGCAUCGCGGAUCUCUGGAGGUGUUGCGGUUCAUCGCCGCUGUGUAUUUUUCUCUAAUUAAACCGCUCUCCUUUCAAUGUCGUUUCUUUAACCAAAUGCGCCGAAAGUCGAAAACCUUGCGGAUGUAGCCUGUGCCCCCUUUGUUCAUCGACGGAGUCUUGCUGUGGUUGCAGUUCAUCUUGGUGUGUUCAUGUUCGGAGUGAGGAUUUCUGAGAAAAUGAUGUGCGCUGCACGGACCUUUCUGCAACUGUUCACGUUGUGUUGCAUCAUUGCUGCCUGUGCGGCUCAACCCAAUGCGACCGACGGCGCCACAGGAGGUACAACUGGCGUGCGCGCCUGCAAGUGCAUGGAGUACUGGGACUGUGUGAGUUCAGGGGGAAGUCCAUACGCCUACUGUCAGUACAGCACAAAGGUGUGCUGCUUUGUCGAUCCUAGAGCCAGAGCAGUGGGAAUCCUGCCCAAGGCACCAAAGAUAGACAACUGUGGUAGAAAAGGCGUCGAAAAUCGUCGGGACGGCGUCUCUCAAGCCGGAGAGUGGCCCUGGCAUGUGGCCAUCUUGGAGAAGCAGAACGACAUCUACGUCUGCGGUGCUGCCUUGGUUGACGAGUACUGGGUGCUCACCGCCGCUCACUGUGUUGAUGACUACAGCUCGGACCCCCGUCCUCUGAAACUCCGGCUCGGCGAACAUGACGUGCAAACGCAAACCGAGCCUUUUCCGUACGAGGAACGCGACGUGAGCCACGUGGUCCUGCAUCCGGCGUUCGACAACACCUCUUUGACGCACGAUAUCGCCCUUGUGCAAGUGGCCACACCGGCCAAGCGGAGGCCCAACAUCAACACCGUCUGCAUGCCGGAGAGGGGACUCACUAAGCUCAUGCUGGAAGACAAGGCAGCACGAUGCUUCAUCACGGGAUGGGGAAAACAGAGGGAAGGAGGAGGUCACGCCACAGUCCUGAAAGAAAUCCGCGUCCCACUUUGGAAAAACAAGGACUGUGAGUUCGCUCUGCGUCGUCACUUCGGAGCACAGUUCAAGUUGUCGGACAGCAGCCUGUGCGCGGGCGAAGCGGGAAGGGAUGCCUGUGACGGUGACGGAGGUGGUCCUCUCGUUUGCGAACGUAACACCAUCUGGUACCAGGUGGGCGUGGUCUCUUUCGGCGUCGGAUGUGGCAGGCGAGACAUGCCGGGAGUCUACAGUCGAGUGGAAGAUUACAGGGACUGGAUUCAUCAAGUCAUUCUCAACUCGUGAUGUCGACACAACGUCCUGCAAUAUUGCGCUCUGCAGAACGCUUGCGAGCUGGUUCAUCUGUUGGAGGGCCCAAGCGUCAGGGCCCCAUCUGUGUGUCGUUGUGUGUCGUUGAGUAUAUGAGCAAUGUCAUCGCCUCGAUUGUUUUGGAGUCAACUAUCCAAGACAGAACCGGCAUAUGACAGGAAACAGAUGUAGAAACGUUUCUGUGCACUCGCGUCGCAAAGGCGGAAGGGUAGACUUACUGCAGUGCACGGGACACGAAGUACACAGAAGAAUUAAAAAAAAAAUAUGUAGAAGAUGAAGUUUGAUGGAGGGAUUCCCUAAAUGGGUGUAUUGCACAGGGUUCCAGAAAAGGAUGUGAAACCUGUAUGUGAUAAAAUUCAGGGCCAUCUCUCUGCACCGCCGUCCAGAAUCAAUGAGCGAAUCCCUGUAUAUAGGGUACACGUGGAUAAUCUUCCUCUGACACGAAUGAUUUACGCGGAAUGUACAUGCAUGUAAAAUGAAAAUGAAAAAGAAAAAUA